AUGCAUCGACUCAAAGCAUUCCUGAAGUGCACAGGGGGAAAGCUCAAGCAGUCGGGUCGGGACGCACCGCCGGGUCCUGGUUCAAGACAGAGCAUUGAGGUCAACCACGCACCUCCAUUUGACCGACAGGAAUGCAAUGAAUCGAAUCCGGAGGGCGGUCAUCGGGUUUUCCGAUCAACGCAGCAUAGAUCAGUCAAGGAUGAUCAUGCCGUCCAACUCGAGCAAUCAUCCAGGGCAGAAACCCGCGAGAUCCAAGCCGACUAUCAUAUGAUUCCAACGAAUGCAACCAUUGUACAGCAAGAGCUAGGCAGGGCAAAGCCAGAUGAGCAAGAUGACCUCUGGCAGCAAGCUAUGUACGACCUCGAGGUGAAAGAGCGAGUGAAUAUCCUCAACUUGAUAGGCACAGAAGACACGCCUACUGUCCAUGAACCCAACGACCUAUGCAAGAUUGUCCGUGAGGCCGUAGAGGAGGUGAGAAGGAAACAGGUAGAACAUGAAAAACGGCCGACUAUUUACAAAACGGCCGACAAUAUCAUCGAGCACCUAACUCAGGCCGGCGACUUCGCAAUCAACUUCACCCCAGCUGUGGCGCAGCAGGUCUGGCCGAUCGCCAGGUGGCUGCUACGAAUCCCUCUAUUAGCAGCGGAGCAGAUGGACGAACUUUUUCAAAUUGCGGAUCUUGUCUCGCACGCGAUUGCGCUAGGAUGUGUAUACGAGACAUAUCUCAACAGGACCAAUACACCCCGCGACCCGCUUAAGAUUCUACAUGAAUGCCUGCGUGGCGUUUACAAAUGCGCCCUUCAACUCAUGGCAAUGUCCGCUCAGUUGCUGGAUAAAAAUCCUGUCGCUUUUAUCGCUUCUUCGGUAUGGAAACCGGAUGAUAUCAUACAAAAGAGUAAGGACUUCGCGAGUUUGAGGAAGCAGUUGGAAGAGGCCGUGCUGGCUGCGCAAGUUGCUAAAACUUCUCGUAGCGAUGCCUUCCUGAACUUAUACUUGGAAAAAUGGGGGUUCUCAAUGGCCGAAAUCGACAAGCGUCUAGUAGACGUUCUUGGAAAGAUGCAAUCAAGGGAAGAGGAUGAAUUGCUUAAUUGGACGAGCGACAUAUUGUAUGGGGAUCAUCUCAAGUCGAUACUUAACCGCCUGGCACCUCUCACUUGCAACUGGAUUCUGCGCCAUAGAAGGUUCCAAGAAUGGGAGAGCUCGACCACUGGUUCGUUCAUUUGGUUACAGGGUACAGUUGGAACCGGCAAGUCAUUUCUGACCUCCUGGAUCAUUAAGCAUAAGCAGGACUUCCUCGAAGGAUCAUCACGCCAACAUCUUAAGCAUGAAGGUCUUGCGUUCUUCUUUUUCAAUCGCGACGAACCAUCUAGAAACACGACUCUGUCUUGCCUACGUAGCCUUGUCCGCCAGUUGUCAAGACCUUACGGACAAAGUAUUCGUUUGUCUCCUGCUCUACAUAAGUUGCGCAAGCAAUGUGACAGAGAAGCAAGGUCAUUGAGCCUUGAAGACUGCAAAGAGCAGCUUCAAUCAAUCAGUGAACAAUAUCCGAGAACCACGAUCAUCAUCGAUGCUCUCGACGAAUGUUGCAAAGGUGACAGUUUUACGGGCAGACAAGCUCUUGUUACCUUUCUCGCUGAUCUCAUGGAGAGAAGCAACAGACGUCCUCUGAACAUCAUUGUCUCUGGACGUCCUGAGGGUGACAUUCUGAACGCUUUUCGAAGGCGUGACAAGGUGAUCAUAUCGGCAGAAAACAACGGCGACGAUAUCCAAAGAUUCCUUGAACACAUAAUCGAAAACGAUGAACGCGUGGCCACCAAGUGGCAGGCAUCUCUGAAGAAAAAAGUCAUCAAAGAGAUACUCAAGAAAAGCAAAUCUGUAUUCCGCUUGGCAGACCUCCACAUCACCUCUGUGGUCCAGCACGGGUACAUUCUGGGGAGUGAUGUUGACAAGGCGCUCAAGAAUCUGCCCGACAAUCUUAAGGAAAUGUACGACCAGAUAUACGCUGAAAAUGUCGGGCAAACAGACUCUACAGCUGCUAAGAUUGUCAGAAGGGCAAUCAUGUGGGUCCUCGCUGCCAAUGAUCCGCUCACGUCAGACCAAAUACUGUCGGCUGUCCAUAUCGAUCCGGUCACCUAUAUCGACGUGACGCUCGGUUACGCGGUGAAGAAUGCAAGUCACUGGGCUGGUUCUACAGGGUCAAUGCCCGUGAUCGAUGGCCACUUUGAACUUGACACCAUUGAGGAAGACACUCUCCUCGAUUUGUGCGCCAACUUCUUGUUUUUGGACGAGCCGCAGGACAUGUGGCCAUCAAAGAGGUACUGGCGCUUCUGCCACGCAUCGGUGUCCGAGUACUGGGAAGAAAACCACUUCGGCGUCUCAGAUGCACAUUCUCAUGUGGGAGCGGCUAGUCUCAUGGUGUGCAUUGAGAGCCAUAGGCAAAAUACCACCAAAGGCGCUCAGUCAGGCCUGACAAAUCAUAAUUUCGAUAGUCAAUCUUCACUUUCCUCCAGAGAGCGGAGAGACUGCCGUCGUGGUCCUGAAGCUCCAUCACCAAGCAGUCACAGACCAUCCUCAUUGCCGAUCCGGAAUUCUUUGUUCAACUACUGUUCCGAUACCUGGCCCACCCACGUUAAGUUGGUCGUUGACUCAAUGACUGCCAAGGAUGGCGAAAGUGGGCACUCGGGAAAGACUGCACGUGAGGAGCAUCGAAAUGUUCUCGUGUCCGCAAAAAGCUUGGACGGUCUUCUUCGACAAUUUAUCGGCCAGCCCAACAAAAGCAGCGAAGAAUUUCAUUCAUGGGUCGCUAACAGAGGUUCUCUCUGGGACAAAAAGACUCUUGCAUUGAAUGCAGUGGCUUCCUUUGGGGUGAUUGAGCUCGGCUUCAACCAUAUAUUCAAAUCUUGGUUGGAAGCACUACCCGUCAAUAAGGCUGGCGGCCAAAAAGACAACGCGUUGGAGCAACCAAUGGUGAAUUUGACAUUGCAGACGAACAAGGGCUGGAAUCUUCUCCAGUGGGCCUGCUAUCACGGUAAUACAGAGAUUGUUAAAGAGCUGAUCUCAAAGGCCGGAAUGGAUGCCCAAGACGUGGCCAACGGUACCCAGUCUCCUUUAUCGCUUGCUUGUGAGGAAGAUCACCUCGAUCUCUGCAAGGCGCUAAUUGAGGAUUAUGGUUGCGAUCCAAAUAGGCCAUCCAACUUCUACAACCCCUUAUAUGUCGCAGCGGAGCAUUACAACACGGAAAUAAUUCGCGAACUCUUGAGACGAGGUGCGGAUCCCAACCAAGAGUUGACGAUGGAACUCAUCUCCUCGGAUCGGCCACCCAGUCCUCUUGCUGUUGCAAUUGACUCAGGAUAUUUCGGGGCAAUGAAAGUCCUGGUUGAAGAGGGUGGAGCGGACCCGAAUAAAGUCUUUCCGAAUGCAAAACAAAGCACCGCUGCGAUCACUGCUGCAUCCCAUGUGGCGCACCUGGACUACCUCGAGUAUCUCGUCCAUCUAGACCAGCAAGUCGACACCUUUGAGGACGCUGAUCUAGGCCAACGACGUGUUGACCCCAACGCGACCAUUAUGACUGGAAGAUACGGAUCUAUUCUAAGUGCUGCAAUGUCAAACUUUCACUUCAAUGGAGAACUUUACGAUGUUGCACUCGACCGCCUAGCGGCUUUGGGAAUAAAUUUCAAUACCUCUCUCCGAUAUCCGUUGGCAUCGUCUGACGCAUAUCCCUUUGGUUCAGCGCUUGAGUACUUUGUAAGCAGGGGAGACAUGAAGAGGACACAAGAUCUCGUUGAAAAGUUCGGAGCUGAUGUUGACUAUUGUUCUGAUUAUGGAGUAUAUGGGUGUGCCCUCAUCGCCGGCACCCGAGCCUACGGGAGCAAUAUGUUUUGGGAACAAGGUGACGAAAUAAGUGAACAUGACAACCAAAAACGGCGCGAGAUGGUUCAUUAUCUCGUCGAGAAAGGCGGGGCUAAUGUCAAUCUCCAAGUUCCUCAUGGUGGGUACCACAGCCCGCUCGUUGGGGCGGCAGUCCUUGGAGGAUUAGAGGAGAUCGAGUACUUGAUCAAACAGGGAGCUGAGUUGAACCAGGUCCUAGAGUAUGGGGAACAUCGCAGCGCGCUCAUGGCGGCGGCGGCGGCGGGAAAGGAGGCCGCGGUGUGGUUGCUGAUUGAGAAAGGCGCCGACGUGAACAGACCAGAGAACCUCGGCUGGGAAGACAAACUACAUUUGGGGCAGGAACUGAUGAUCCCAAACGUGCGGCCACCAGACACGAUGGUUCACUUUCCGCCUUGUAUUGUUGCCAGCACCCUCUUCUUGACUGUAUUUGGUGCCGAGUGUAACCAGACGCGAAUGCUACAGUUUGCCCACGGUCUGGUUGACGCGCAGAACAAUGGAUCCCUCGGCAACUUGGAUGGCGCAAACCCAAACAAUUUCACCUACAUAGAGAAUAACAAAACGAUUGAGAUCACGACCGGCGUUCUUGGCAAGAAGUUGCACGUAGACCACAACCGUACCACCACGGACCUCACAGAGUGUGCUACGUAUACAGAAAUGAUCAUGACCGAUCGUGCGUCUCCCCAUGUCGUGGGAACACAGGUUCGCCACGACCCGGACAACGACAUGCUCGUCUAUCUGGUUGACUCGGUCGUCUCUACGACGGGGUCUUGGCUCUUCAACGCCAGCAAGACGCUCGAGUGGGUUUUGAAGGAGGACUGGAGCAUGAUACCGGCCAGCGAGCGAGACAGCCGCGAGGCUCUCAAAAACGCCGCGGAUGCCUAUUUGGAUAUGUGGAGUAAUAAGAGCGCAAUCGAAGCUGUGCCCUGGGGCACGCCUUGUGCCCGGCUGGAGGGGUCCGCGUACACCGGCAACGGAUCUCCUACCGACAGCUGCAAGCCUGGGAUACCGACCAAUAACUCGCAGGCCCCAAAUAUCAAUAGGCGCUACGUUAUCGAUGACUCAUUUGGUUCGAUUGAUGUGAUCAACAUCUUCCAGCACUUGAGCAACGCUCCGGACAGUCAUGAGUUUCGCAUGGUCAAGGGAAAGCUUCGGUAUAUACACACCAUGACGAUCGCAUCAAGUGGAGCAAUGCCUGCGAUAUGA